CUCCGAGUCUCGCGCCCCGGUCGGUCGGUUCGGUUGGUUCUCGGCCGGCCGGGGUCGGGCCGUUGGCUGCUGCCUCUGCGCGGGGAGGAGGACGGAUGGCGGCAACAUCCGGGGCCUCCGGGGUGGCGGCGGUGACGGCAGCGGCGGUCGGACCUGGACCCGGCGCGGUUGCGGCCCCGGCCCUCUACGCCUGCACCAAGUGCAACCAGCGCUACCCGUUCGAGGAGCUCUCCCAAGGACAGCAGCUCUGCAAGGAAUGUCGCAUUGCCCAUCCCAUGGUAAAAUGUACCUACUGUCGCUCAGAGUUUCAGCAAGAGAGCAAAACUAACACAAUAUGUAAGAAGUGUGCCCAAAAUGUGAAACAGUUUGGAACGCCAAAACCUUGUCAGUACUGUAACAUCAUUGCAGCUUUUAUUGGCACAAAAUGUCAGCGUUGUACAAACUCUGAAAAGAAAUACGGACCACCUCAGACAUGUGAACAGUGCAAGCAGCAGUGUGCUUUUGAUCGAAAAGAAGAGGGAAGGAGAAAGGUUGAUGGGAAGCUGUUGUGUUGGCUCUGCACUCUGUCCUACAAGAGAGUCCUGCAGAAGACCAAGGAACAGCGGAAGAGCUUGGGGUCAGCGCAUUCUAACUCUUCCUCCACGUCUAUCUCCGAAAAAGACCAGCAUCAUUUGAAGCAUCACCACCGCCAUCACCACCAUCAUCAUCGUCAUAGCAGUAGCCAUCACAAAAUCAGCAGUCUGAGUCCAGAACAAGAUCAGGGAUUGUGGAAACAGAGCCAUAAAUCCUCUGCAGCUAUUCAGAAUGAAACUCCAAAGAAAAAGCCCAAAAUGGAAUCCAAGCCAUCUAAUGGAGAUAGUAGUUCUAUAAAUCAGUCAGCAGACAGCGGAGGCACUGACAACUUCGUCCUCAUAAGUCAAUUGAAAGAAGAAGUGAUGUCACUUAAACGUCUCUUGCAACAGAGGGAUCAAACUAUUUUGGAGAAAGAUAAAAAGUUGACAGAGUUGAAGGCAGAUUUUCAGUACCAGGAGUCAAACCUGAGGACAAAGAUGAACAGUAUGGAGAGAGCUCACAAGGAAACUGUGGAACAGCUUCAGGCAAAAAACCGAGAGUUACUCAAACAAGUUGCAGCAUUAUCAAAGGGCAAGAAGUUUGACAAGAGCGGGAGCAUGCUGACAUCUCCGUGAAGAGCAGGUUGCUUGCAGAGGUGUGAAUAUUCAAAAGGGAGCGUUUUGCCAAAAACGCGUUCAGUAAGAGCAGGUGCUCUUUUUUUAAACCACAUCAUGCAAUAACAAGUGUGACCAGCAGCAACUUGACGGAGCCAGUCUAUCAAGCAUCGCUGCGAACACAGACUUACUCACUGAAAUUUGGUUUUAUAUGGAGCGCCUGGGCAAAAACAGAACUUGGCCUGGGCUCUGGGCAGAUUGGCAUCAGGAAACACUACCAACCAUAUCAAUACUACAGCAGCAACCAGUUUUGGG